GGCCACCACUACGAGCCCUUCACUCUCCAUCUCCAACGAUGAUCCUCACCUCGCCCUUCAUCCAUGGCGCCCUUCCCUCCCUCCGCCUCCCAAAGCUCCAACCUUUCUCCUCUUCUCCACCUCCUCCACCUCCCUCCAUCUCCAUUUCGAUCAAAGCCAUGAAGACGAUGCAGGGCCGAGUCGUCUGCGCCACCAACGACAAGACCGUCGCUGUCGAGGUCGUCCGCCUCGCGCCUCACCCCAAGUACAAGCGCCGCGUCCGCAAGAAGAAGAUCUACCAGGCUCACGACGCUGACAACCGAUUCCGUGUCGGCGAUUUUGUUCAGCUCGAGCAGUCCCGUCCUAUCAGCAAGACUAAGUCCUUCAUCGCUUUGCCUGUCACUGCUAAGAAUGUGCCUAAAGGCUCUGAGUCUAUUCCUGAAGAGCUGUUAGGGAUUCCACUCCAAUCGCAGCAGCAGGAGUAAUUGAGAGAAACCUUAUCUUGUUCUUUCUCUAAUUCGUGGUGUACUUCCUUGUUCUGCCUUAAGUUGGGAUUUUUAUGAGAAUUCAAUGUGUUUAGUGUUUUGGUUUGGUUUCUUUUAACAAUUGCUCUCUUGAAUGGCUACUGAUGGUUUUUGAUAA